GAGACCCGUAUUAUUGUGGUUUUCUAGUUACUAUAAAAAAGUGAAAUUUCUCUUACUCUGGUGAUUCCAUAUCGCUCACAGAUACACAUGAAAACCGAAAGCUGGCAUAUUCACAUGUUUCCAAAAAUGAGUUAAAAAAAAUCUGGAACUGCACACCGGCAACAUUGAUUACAAUUACCUGUAUCAUUAUAACAUCGUCAGCUAUGAAGCUUACUCACGAUGAAAAUAUUUUCGGGAUAGACAAUGUCCUCAAAAAACAGCUGAAGUCAUGUGUGUGAAAAACGGUUUAGUUUCCUUUUCACAAAAUGGAUGAAAUACAUUGUCACGAUAUAAUUGCGUGUCCCACUUGGGAUCAAUAGUAACCACAUUCGGAUUGCUAAACGUAUAAAUUUCGACAUAGAAUCGAUGGAAAAUACCGACUACGUCAUAAAAUUAUGUAAAAAUAGUACCAUUGAGAUUGAUGCAUGAUGUUGAAGAUCAACUGUACAUAUAAUAAAAUUCAGACAAAAUUCACUCAUCUUGCAGUGAAAACAUGCAUAAGAGAUGAACAUCAAUAUGAACCAAAACGUACUAGAACUGGAAACAUCCAGUCAAGUCGUUGGAUCAGACGGAAAAGAAGUUGUUCACUGGUUUGACAAUGGACGUGUUGACGUGAUGGACCAACAUCAACAGAUGCAAUCUACGUAUUAUAAAUUCCAGAACGAAGUGGAUCACAUAAUGGACCUCGAACCUGCCAUGGAAACACAAGUACAGGAGACCACGUCGAAGAAAUUACCGAAGUCACGGGGAUCCAAAAAGACAAAACCUGUGAAGGAAACAAAAGAAAUUGUAAAACGUUCAAAACAUCCCGAGAAAUGGAAAGUAAAUGUAAAGAAAAACGCUAGGCUCAGGGGUGAAGAAUAUAUUGGUGUUGGAGGUAAAAUAGUUCCGGCUAAAGUAAUGGGCCCACCGUGUGACUGCCGCAUGCGAUGCAGUGACAAAAUUGACGAGGAAGCUCGAGCGCAGCUGCACAACGUAUUUUGGAAAACUUGUACCUGGGAACAACGAAAGCAAUAUGUAGCACUGUCGGUGAAAGAAUCGCCAAAACAGCGGACCAGAUGUCGUGGUAACGUUAAAUCAGAGCAUCGUAGACAGGUCACAUUUACUUACUCCUUGCUUAUCAAAGGUGAAGUUUUAACGGUUUGUAAACCGAUGUUUCUGAGCACAUUUUCGGUCUCUGAAAAAUUCGUGAGGCAUGCCAUGGAGAAGAAAAGAACUUCACCAGGUGGAAUUAUUGGCCCCGAUCAAAGAGGCAGGCAUACGCCAAAAACGAAGAAAAGCGAAGAAGUUAAAGAACGAGUACGCGAGCACAUCAAUUCUUUUCCUGCUGAAAAACUAAAUUCCAGAGAUCGGAGUAACAGGAGAUACUUGGACUCAAAUUUGAGCAUUGCCGCCAUGCAUAAGUUAUAUCUUCAAAAAUGUAAGGAGGAUGGGAUACCGGAUAGUGAAACGGUCAAGGAAAGUUACUACAGAGAAAUGUUCAAGUCCGAAUUUGAUUUGGGUUUCAAAGUCGCUGUUGAUAAGGGUAAAAAUUCACCAACACACACUGUAUCACGUAUCAGUAAUAAUAAAAAUAAACCAUGAAAUACA